CCUGGGGAAGGAAGAACGGUUUAGGGCCAAGCAUGGUAAUGGAUGAGCACAGCUUGAUGGUCCCCAUCAAUAAAGAUGCCUAUGAAGUUCUUAAGAUAAGAAAGGACUGUCUAAGUGAUGUCAUUUACAGAAAGUUUGCUUGUACCUUGGCCUUCGAAAGUGCAGCAUGCACUGUUGAAGUAUACAGGAAAAAACUACAGCAAGGAAUUGACAUUUGUGUUUGUAAGGAUGAUCUCACAAGACACAAGGUAGAUGCGUUGGUGAAUGCAGCCAAUGAACACCUAGAACAUGUAGGAGGCCUUGCUUUAGCUCUUGUGAAUGCUGGAGGGCCAGAAAUACAAAGGCAAAGCAACCUUUAUAUUCAAAAGUACGGAAGACUCCUAACUGGUCAAAUAGCAGUGACAGGUGGAGGGAAGCUUCCUUGUAAGAAAAUUAUUCAUGUAGUUGGUCCAAGGUGGUCUGUUUAUGAGAAGGAAAAACGUUGCCAUCUACUUCAUGAAGCUAUUAAGAAUGUUCUGAAGUAUGUCAGUGCUCCAGAAAGUACUAUAAGGUCAGUGGCUAUCCCGGCAGUGAGUUCAGGUAUUUUUGGCUUCCCACUCCAUUUGUGUGCUCAAGUGAUUGUAAUGGCAAUAAAGGAAUUUGUUGAAGCAAGUCCACCAAGCUGUCUCAGGGAAAUCCGCCUGGUGAACAUUUUUGAGUCUACAGUUGCAGAAAUGAAGAAGGCCUGUGAAGAGAUUCUGGGUGAUACCAGUUCACUUCAGGAAACUCCUUCAGCUUCACCAAGGCAGCAUCCAACUUACAUCAAACACGGAGGCAUUCGCUUGCGCAUUAUAAAAGGACGGCUUGAACAGCAGAAGACUACAGCUGUUGUUAACUACCUGUCUGUGAAUGGCAAGCCUGACUCUCCCGUCUCAAAAACACUGCUGCAAAAAGCGGGUCCACGUCUUCAGGAAAAACUUAAGGUUUAUUCUGAACGUUCAUCAUCCUUUACAGAAAUCAUACCAACAAAAGGGUAUAAUCUGCCCUGUACGGAGGUACUGCACAUUGUGGAGCAGCCUUACAAGCACAGGGUGUUACUGUGUGAGGAAUUAAGAGCUGCAGUGACAGGAUGCUUGCAAUACAUUCAGAAUCGGAGAUCUCCCUCACUUUCUUUUCCAGCAAAUGGUGGGAAAUGGUUGUCAGUACUGCCUGCUGAUACAGUGGCAGAGAUCAUGAUUGAAGAGGUUUUAAAUUUUGCCAGGAAACACCCUGAGCAGAAUAUGGAUGUGCAGUUUGUCUUUUGCCCAGAUGACUAUGAAGCCUAUGAGGUUUUCCAGAAAAAGAUAUAUUCAACAACACAGAAGCUGGAAAAAAAGCAAUAUUGCAACAGAAGUGAUCAUGUCAGUACCACAUCAGGCAGUCAGGGUGCAAAAGUGAUUGAAAACAAUAAACCAAUUCUUGAACUUAAAGGGAACGUACAAACAGCACUGGAAGCAGCAGAAUCGUGGAUCAAAAGCAUGGUACAAAUUUGGGAAAGUCACUGUGCUGUUAUUGAGAACAACUACAUUUUUAGCCUCGGUAGAGGAGAGUUUGCAGAGCUAUCUCAGGAGCAGCAUGCUGGUGUGUGCAUAUCAGAAGAGGUGAGAGGGGGAAAAGCAAGACUGCAAUUCCAAGGCCCUCCUGAUGCUGUGAUUGAUGCAGUGCUCGCAACUGAAAAAUUACUGCUCCGUAUGCAAGAGAAGAGUACAGCCAAACAAGAAGAACUGCUGCACUUAAUGGGCCAAUCAGAAGCAGGUCAACUUUCAGAAGAACAGCUUUACGAGACAAAUACUAAAAGCAUCCAGAUUUCACUGGUGGAAUCACACCUUCAGGAGUUUAAAGACAGGCAGAAACAGUUUGAAAAAGCUGGGCUUUGUGUUCUCAAGAUUGAAAAGAUACAGAAUCCCCUUUUAUCUGCUGCAUUCCAACAAAUGAAAAAAAAACAACUAGAAGAACAAGGUACCUCCAAGAUAGCACACAAGCUGUACCAGCAUGUCCCUGCUCAGUUCUGUAGCUCAGUGUGCCAAACAGGAUUUCAUAGGAUGUACUCUCCACCAACAGAACAAAAAUAUGGAGCUGGCAUCUACUUUAAAAAGAAGCUGAAAAGCCUAACUGAGGGUAAAGAUAUGUGGGAAACCGACACCAAAAUGUAUGUUUUCGAGGCUGAUGUAUUAACAGGCUUAUACACUACAGGCAAGCAGUCUUAUAUCAUGCCACCAGCAGUGGAAGGAGAUACCACUAAGCUAUAUGACAGCCUAGUAGAUGAUAUAAACAAUCCUGACACUUUUGUCAUUUUCAACAGUAUUGGGGCCCUUCCACAAUAUCUGUUGACUUGUGUUCAGCUGAGAGAGAGGUAUAUGGCCUCUGAGCAAACCAGCAGCAUGCUGAUUAAGAACUUACCAGUAGUGUAGUAGCUAUGGUGAAGACCCCCUCAGAACAAAGUCUAGUAUUUAAAGAGGAUGGUCUACCUACUAACAUGCUGUGAUCCAAGUGCCUCUGUGCAAAACGCUUCAAAAUAUCCAUGAGCAAAAAAAGUCACUCAGUACCUGAAGGAGAUUAGAAGAAAAUUAUCUGUGGAUGGGGAACAGAAGGGAAAGUAUCACGAAACAUAAUUUUAACAUUUAUCUGAUCAUUUAUGCCUUCAAAUCUUCUGAGCAUGUGACUAUACCGUUGCUGUUUUCCUAGGCUGUCGCUCUUCCAUUACAUUUUCUUAAUCUGAGAUAUUGCAUAUGUUAAUGAAACCUAAGAAAUCUUGGCUGUGCCUUUGGUUCUAUGAAUUUCUUUUGACUUAAAUAGGUGAAUGUGUUAGGGGAAAACUGUGUCCCACGAAGGGGCAUGUUAUUAAAUACACAGUUAUGACAAACAUGAGGCAAUAUAUUGUGAUUUCUAACAGUAGCUGCCAUUGCACCUUUUAUUAGUUAAGA